GAGUUUGAUUUGGCAGAUAUACCAGUGAAUCCCACGCACAGUGAAGUGCUGGAAGUGUGUCAGGUGUUGAAGUUCCCGAGAGUGUCGCCCAUUGUGUUGGAGCGACAAAUCCUGUGCGACUUUGGCUACAAAACGGCUACAUUUAGACUCAUUAAGAGUAACCCACAGCUGUUCCAAUCACUGAAAGCCGAGUCCAGGCCUUUGAUGACUAGAAUCCGAAUUAACCGCAGGAGAAGCCGUUCCGCUGCCGAUAUGCCGGACGACGACCACAGCGCAGAAAAUUCAUCCAAUUUCCCGGCCAAACGCAAAAUGGAUAUCCAGACACUUAAGGACUUCCAGAUCAAGAAGCCAUUGCCUAAUAACAGCGAUAGACCGAAAGCCCGUCCCUUAGCCGCGAGACUUAACGACUCGAGCUCUCCGUCGCGAAUACCGGCCUUUAGAGAACCGGCAGCUAAACGUUCCCCACUUGCCACUGACUCUAUACGACUAGUAAAGGCCCGUAUGCUGCCGUCCCCACCGGCGGCUACUGUUCACUCAGUGGUGUCCCCCAAUUCGGCAAAAAAUGCAAGAGUACUGGCGCCCAUUAAUGAAAGCACUGUCACUCCCAAUCGACAGCCACUGAGAGUUGCCACCAAAACACCUAAUCUGAACAAAACGCCAAACAAUUCAGUGGAGAAGUCCGAGAAGAAGUCGCUAAUUAAGCGUCUGUUGGCGUCGGCGACGCCUACCAAACGGACGGCCCCUCGCGUGCUGAGGCAGUCCCGUCUGUUGGCGUCGGCGACGCCUACCAAACGGACGGCCCCUCGCGUGCUGAGGCAGUCCGUCGACGAUCGCAACAUUACUCGCACGCCAUUCACUGAUCCGCAGACUUUGAUUGAGGUGUUAAUGGAAAUCCUAGCUAAACGUCGGGUCCAGUGCACCAAAAAGGCUAAUUUUAUGAUGAAGUGCGUGCUGUCGUCGAUGAAUAUCAUUGUGUUGGCGUUCACUCUCGAGGUCUGUCUGUAUGAAGACAAGUGUGUGAUUAUACGGAAGCGAUUGAAGGGUGACUCUUGGGAUUACAUGAAGAUCUGUGAAGACUUAAAAGACCUCCAAAACGUGACUGUCUGUGAAAAUUCCGUCUGA